AUGCCAGGCGCAAGGGGCCAGGUGCAAGGGGCCAGGCGCAAGGGGCCAGGUGCAAGGGGCCAGGCGCAAGGGGCCAGGCGCAAGGGGCCAGGCGCAAGGGGCCAGGCGCAAGGGGCCAGGCGCAAGGGGCCAGGCGCAAGGGGCCAGGCGCAAGGGGCCAGGCGCAAGGGGCCAGGCGCAAGGGGCCAGGCGCACCUGUUUUCAUCUCCCUCUCUGCUUACCAUUCUUGUUAACCGCACGUGCUCACCUGACCUCCCUCCCUCCAUGUUAGGCCAGGCAUUGAAUCGGCCACGCUGUCGCAUCAGUGACGUUGCCAUUCUGGACGGCUAA